UUGACGAUUAGAAUUGUUGGCAAAAUCUGGCCUACAGAAAACCGUCGACAAGGUCUGUGUGUGAUCUGUGAUCAUGUGACAAAUGAUAAAAUGGCGGAAGCUAAACAGAGUCUAGAGACAAAACGUCGAAGAUGUAAACAAUAAAGACGGGUAUAAUUAUUUGUCUUGGAUAGUUUGCUUUUUACAUUAUCGCCAAGUGAGUCGAAAAUAGACGUUUUGAAAGGCUACACUUAUUGGAUCAACAUGGAAGGGGAUGGUUCCCAGGAGAAAUAUGAAAAAAUUUGGUUGUCUAACUUCUUUCACUCGUUUCCGCACUGGAAUUUCGCGUUUAGCACUGUGAACUCGACUUUCGAUCCUGAAAGUGAUGAUUACAGAGAGGCUGCAGGACUGUGGGGUCUUGUGCCGAUAGCUGUUUGUUUCAUGCUGUGGCUGGUCUUUCUGAUCUACUUUGUUUUUCGCUGCUGCCAAAGUCAAGCUCAAGCGAAGCCACGCCCAUCGGCAUGUCCCAGCGUCUUUACGGGAAUCUGCAUUUUGAUUGUCGUUGGCCUUCUCGGCUUUGGCUUUUACGAAAAUGAGAAAGCUCACAGAGGAGUACAGAACUGUAGGCGGGCGGUGAUUGACGCAAAUACGACAAUUUCUCUUGCCUCUAACAGAGUUCAGUCGUUGGACGACAUAGCUGAAGAGAUAUCUACCAAAGUGUCCGAUGACCUUGAGAAGGCAGUGUCUCAGCUCAACUCCACGGCUCUGGCCAAGGCGAUAAAGUUGAUAAAUCACAUCCGCACCGAGGCAACAAGUGUGCGGGGGUACGUCGACAAAAUCAACAUUGAGGACGAACAAGGUGGUUUAGAUGAUGGCAUCAAGCUGUCCGGAGACAUUGAGUACUACAGAUGGAUGGUGAACAUCUUGGUUUACUGCCUGUACAUCUUCCUACUCUUGCUGGCCUUUAUCGGGCUGUUGAUCAAGUCAAAGGCUUUGCUCAUAGUGUCUGCAGCGCUGGCAGUUAUUUUUUCCUUGUUCAUCUGGAUCACCACCGGUGUUUACCUCUCCUUCUCUGUGGCACUGGGGGACCUCUGCCAUGAUCCCGACUCCUACUUCCUAAGUUUGGCCAAAGGUUCAGCCCAGGAAGGAGCAAUAAGGGCGUACAUCUUGUGUGAUGACCCGACCAAACCGUAUCAAAACGAGAUUCAAGAUGCUCUAAACUCUGUGAGCCUUGCUGCCAAAGAUCUCAAUGAUACAGUCAGGCUGGCCCAGCCUUUUCAUAUACCCGGGCUGGAGGGUCCUGUGAAAGAGAUGAGACAGAACCUGCAGUUUGCCACAGGGAACCUGUCCACGCUGCUCACCGACGUAGGCAUGUGCUCGGCCCUUCACGACGACUACAUAGACGCCCUUGACGCAGCCUGUAUUAGUACUCUGUCAGCGAGUGCGUUCCUGGCCCUGAUCAGCUGUGUGGUGGCCAUUGCCUGCACCGUCAUCAUCUUCACCUUGUCCUGUGCCUGGAGACAGUACGUCAAGAUCAACGUCCGGGCGGAGUACGUGCCUGUAGAUGACUCGGACCCGUUCUUGCCCCGCCCUCCUCUGUACGAGUCGGACUACGGGACCAUGGGACACUCCACGCCCCGGCCCUGGUCAGAGAGGGGCACCCUUCAGCACGGCAACAUGAACGCGGCCGACGACCAAGUCCUCAUGAUGACUCACCAGCACCCGCUGCCCAUUGAUGAGUCUCCCCCACCCGCUUAUUACCCUGGCAAGUACAUUCGACAAUACGCUGACUCGGCACCGUCUCCCGGCAGUGUGCGCCACCACCCUGGUCACUAGGCGGCUGUUGAUUGGUCAUCCAAGAUGAUCCGUUUGACAAUUAUG